GUGGCGGGCUCUCGUUCGUUCUCUAUGGCUAUCACAUUGCCUUGCAUUCCCGCCUCGUAUGGAGGAGGUUUUCACAGGCAUUGUGCUAGGGUUCUUCCCAGUGGAAGGGCGCGCUCAUGCGUCCGUGCUGCCGCGGCGGCGGGGGAUGGCGAGGGUGCUGUGGCAUCGGCGAAUGUGAAUGAUGUGAAUGAUCUUGUUGCAUCGCUCGGUGAUGCGAUCUCGUCGAAGGAUGCCGACAGCGUGAGAUUGGCGCUGGACAAGCUGAGCGAGGCGGGAUGGGCAAAGCAGUGGAAAUCUCAGCCCAAUGUUUCUCGUCGAAAUACGUACUUGCGCGAGCUAACUUCGCUGGGACUGAAAAACGCGGAGAAUCUCGCUAUUCCGAGUGUCCGAAACGAUCUCGCGUUCUUGGUGACGGUUGUAGGAACAACGAGCUUUCUUGCAGUUAUAGCGGGCCAGCUCCCCGGAGAUUGGGGAUUCUUCGUUCCUUAUCUGCUGGGAGGAAUCUCACUAGCAGUUCUGGCCAUCGGAAGCACAGCACCGGGGCUUUUACAAGCUGCUAUCAACAGCUUCUCAUCGGUGUUUCCAGAUUACCAAGAGCGGCUUCUUCGUCAUGAAGCGGCUCAUUUCCUCAUUGCUUAUCUGGUCGGCCUUCCUGUUCUGGGAUACUCUUUAGACAUCGGCAAAGAGCAUGUCAACUUGGUCGAUGAAAAGCUACAGAAGAAAAUUUACGAAGGGUUUCUCGACGGCAACGAACUUGACAGGCUGGCUGUCGUUUCAAUGGCUGGGCUUGCUGCCGAGGCUCUAAAAUAUGACAAAGUUAUUGGCCAGUCUGCCGAUUUAUUCUCUCUUCAGAGGCUCAUUAACAGAUCCAAACCCAAACUCAGUAACGAACAACAGCAAAAUCUCACUCGAUGGGCUGUUCUCUAUGCCGGAUCACUUAUAAAGAACAAAAGCAAGGCAUUUGAUUCUCUCAUGGCUGCAAUGGAGAGAAAUGCCAGUGUUUCAGAAUGUAUAGAAGCAAUUGAAAUGCAGUAGAUUUAGCACUUGCCCCCACUUAACCCAAAUUUAAGUUUGUUAAAAAGGAAA